UGUAAAGUAGUUGUCUUUUAUGGCCAUUCUGUUCUUUAUAAGUUUAGUUUCAGUGCUGCUGAUAAGUAAUUUUAUUUACUUUUUCAGUUUUAUUUUAAUUUAAUUUUAAUUUUUCGUUAUAUUUAUUCCAAAAUGGCUCUCAAGCCUACUGAUUGGACUGUUGAUUACUUUUUGAAAAAUAAAUCUGACUGUAUGAAAGAUUUAGAGAAUGCUGAUGCAUUGAAUGAAAUCCCUUCUUUGAAUUCUACCAACCUGGAUUAUCUCAAUGAUGGUCAACUUGUUCAUUUUCGAGGAAUGAUACAGGAUAUGUAUAAUCCUGAGUAUUUUCUUCAAAAUUAUCAAGUAAUCAAUGAACAAACUGGCAAAAGCAGUAUUAGAAGUGGAUUGCUUAUAGAUAGAGCACACUGUGAGUCUUAUGAAAAAAUUGAAUUUAAUUCGGAUAGUACUGUAAAAUCAGAAAGACAGGUUUGGAUAGUUAUUUCUAUACCAGGAUUGAAUGAUUGGGCUAAGGAAAGUCUUAAAAAUAGAAUGCCUAUUGACGUACAGUCUACAAAAUCCAAUGUUAAUAAAAGUAGUAAAAGAGCUUUAGAUGAUUCAGAAGAACCAAUGGAUUGUUCAGAACCACAACAAAAGAAAGAAAAAGCAUUGGAUAAUAAUGCAGAAGUUGGAUCUUUGUAUUCAAUGGACAAAGAAUCAAAGAAACCACAACUGGUUUCCAAGGAUUACCUUCUGAACUUUCCUAUACCAGAUAAAGAUGGAAAAAUUUGUAUAGUAAAAGUAUACCAAAAUAUGCCUUACAAAUUAAAUCAAGUUAUUGAUAUAAUUGGAUUUUUAUCACUGGAUCCUACUUUGAGUGAAAUUUAUGAUUCUCCAAAUAUGACUGAGCUAGAACAACAAAUUCAUCAUCCACCAGCUUCUAUAGUUCCAAGAUUGCAUGCAAUCAAAAUUAUUGAUGAAAAAAGCAAAUACAUUGUGGAACAAACUAAUAUUUUUUCAAAAGCAGAAUGUAUAAGAGAAGAUUUAAGAAGGGUGUUAAGUCAGAUACUUUUUGGAGAUCAAGUUGCUGCUGAUUAUUUGAUUUGUCACUUGAUUUCAUCAGUGUAUCUUAGGCAACCAUCUCUCUCCCUUGGAGCAUUUUCUAUUAAUAUAACAAAUUUUCCAAUGAAAUAUAAGGAUUUUUCAAAAGAUUUGUAUGAAAUUUUAAGGCAAAUUGUUGAAAAAAGUCAUUUAAUAGAUAUGACAUUAGGGAAUCUCAACAACAUGUGUUUCCUUCCAAAAAAAGACUAUGAAUGUGAUAGAUUAACAAGUGGAAUUUUACAGCUUAGUAAAAAUACUCACUUGAUUAUUGAUGAAACAGGUCUAACAGCUGGCCAAGUCACAGCUUGUGGAAGACAAAACUAUAAUACUAUUAAUGACUUAAUUAUAUUUCAAAAACUGCCAUACGAUUUUAAAUAUUACACUAUGGAUCAUGAAACAGACAUACCUGUUUUAAUUUUAUCAGAAUCGAAAUCAUUUGUAUCUUGUCGACAGCAAAUAGUUUUAAAGCCAGAUCCGGAAACAGUUAAACUUUAUCCGCAUGUUCUUGAAGCGGCGAAACAGUAUUUGAAAGAUGAAAAUCGAUUAACAGAUAUAAGACAGUACAUAAGUACACUCAAGCAUGCAAAGUUUGAUUUUACAGAAGAAACGUCUGAAGUCAUACAGGAUGAUUUCGUAAGGCUAAGGCAUAUAUACAAGAAAUUUACUCCCGACGAUUUACAUUCAUUAAUGGUUUUAUCACGACUAAUGUCACUAUCGCAUGGUCUUAACGUUUUGAAGCCUGAUAUGUGGAAAAGAUCUUUGAAGUUGGAAAUGGAACGAUUGAACAGGUUAUCGAGACGUAGAUAAGUU